AUGGCUUUCCUCCUCGCUGUAGCUUGCAUCUACAUAGUUUCACUGCUCACUCUGUUGGUGCUGCUGGUCGAGGCGAGCAGACGGAGAACGGCGGUCGGUGCCGGAAAAACUGGAGGUGGCACCACCGAGCAGGAUCAAAAGCUGCCUCCUGGCUCCCUGGGCCUGCCGUUUAUCGGCGAGACUCUCCAGCUCUACACCCAGAAUCCAAAGGACUUCUUUGCCUCCAGGCUGAAGAGGUACGGCGAGGUGUUCAAGACGCACGUGCUGGGUUGCCCGUGCGUGAUCCUGGCAAGCCCGGAGGCGGCGCGGAUGGUGCUGGUGUCCCAGGCGCACCUGUUCAAGCCGACGUACCCGCCGAGCAAGGAGCGCAUGAUCGGGGCGCAGGCCCUCUUCUUCCACCAGGGCUACUACCACCUCCGCCUGCGCCGCCUGGUCCAGGGCUGGGUCGGCCCCGACGCCCUCCGCGCCCUCGUGCCCGACGUCGAGGCCGCCGUGGCUUCCACGCUCCGCGGGUGGGAAGGCCGCGUCACCAGCACCUUCCAUACCAUGAAGACGCUCACCUUCGACGUCGGCGUCGUCACCAUCUUCGGCCGCCGGCUGGCCGACCACGUGAAGGAGAAGUUGAGGAAGCACUACUUGAUCGUGGAGAAAGGCUACAACAGCUUCCCCAUCCCCGUGCCCUUCACUAGCUACAGCCAGGCCAUCAAGGCGAGGCGGCGGCUGGGCGAAAUCCUGAGCGGCAUCCUGGCGGAGAGGCGGGCGCGGAGGAGCGACGACCAGGGUGACGACGACGACCUCCUGAACACCCUCAUGCGCUACCGCGAUGACAGCGGGGCGGCGCUCUCGGACGACCAGGUCGCCGACAACGUCAUCGGCGUGCUGUUCGCGGCGCAGGACACCACGGCGAGCGUGCUCACCUGGAUCCUCAAGUUCCUCCACGACAACCCGAAGCUUCUGGAUGCCGUCAAGGCGGAGCAGAUGGCAGCCUACGAGGAGAACGAUGGCGGCAGGCUGCAGCUGACGUGGGCGCAGACGAGGAGGAUGCCCAUAACACACCUGGUUAUCUUGGAGAGCCUGAGGAUGGCCAGCAUCAUCUCCUUCACGUUCCGAGAGGCCGUUGAGGACGUGCACUAUCAAGGGUUCCUGAUUCCCAAAGGGUGGAAGGUGAUGCCUCUGUUCAGGAACCUGCACUACAGCCAGGACUACUUCCAGGAUCCACACAAGUUCGACCCUUUCCGAUUCAAGGUGACGCCGCCGCGUCCCGGCACGUUCCUGCCGUUCGGGAGCGGCGCGCACGCGUGCCCCGGCAACGACCUGGCCAAGCUCGAGAUGCUCGUCCUCAUCCACCGCCUCGUCACCACCUACAGGUGGCAGGUGGAGGGGUCGAGCGACGACGUGACCUACAGCCCGUUCCCGGUGCCCAAGGGCGGCCUCCAGGCGAGGCUCACCAGGGCCGCCGCCGCCUGA